UUAAUCUGGCUACCUUGGUUUAAUGAUAAGAACAACUCUAUCAAAACAAAACUUUUCAGAAAUUCGCUCUUUACAAUAUACAUUACACAAUGUGUAUUAUGUAUCAAAACGCUACUACUUAGUGCUUUAGAAAGGUUAUGCUUACAACAGUGAAUCUAAUUCGUACCAAAAAUCAGACGCACCUAUUCACACGCUUCCUAUCUAUUGAGCUGCCGACGCGUAGGAUGAGCCACGUGCCCCCAAGUGCUACCGAUGGAUACCAAACUGCAGCGAUCCCUGAUGUUUCCAGUACAGGACCUCCGUUGCAGUAUCAAGUUGUGGCAAAGUGUUCUAGAACUAAGGCCCGCGUCGGGGUGAUGAAAUUGAGGCACAGUGACGUGAAUACACCGGUAUUUAUGCCCGUUGGUACACAGGGAACCCUAAAAGGAUUACUGCCGGAUCAGAUUCUAAACUUGGACUGUCAGAUCAUGCUCGGAAAUACGUACCAUCUGGGGAUGCGACCAGGAACGGAAAUAUUGGAAAAAGCCGGUGGAUUGCACAGCUUCAUGGGUUGGCCCCGGGCGCUUCUAACGGACUCCGGCGGUUUCCAGAUGGUGUCCCUUUUGCAGCUAGCAGAAAUAACCGAGGAAGGCGUCAAGUUUGAGUCACCAUAUGAUAAAAGUGAAUGCAUGCUGACACCGGAGCGAUCUAUGGAAAUACAGAAUGCGAUUGGGGCGGACAUUAUGAUGCAACUGGAUGAUGUGGUCAAAACUACUACAACAGGACCUCGGGUUGAGGAAGCGAUGUUGCGGACUAUUCGCUGGUUGGAUAGGAGUAUUUCCGCACAUGCUCGAGAUGAUGAGCAGAGUAUUUUUCCGAUUGUUCAGGGUGGAUUACAGCCUGAACUGAGAAGGGUUUGUGCAGAGGAACUAACUCGCAGAAACACACGCGGUUUUGCUGUUGGUGGGCUCAGUGGAGGUGAAAGCAAAGACGAAUUUUGGCGAACGGUUCACCUCUGUACGGAUUUGCUACCGGACGAUAAACCGAGGUAUCUGAUGGGAGUGGGAUUUACAGCGGAUCUAGUGGUGUGCGUUGCGCUAGGAAUCGAUAUGUUUGACUGUGUGUUUCCCACCAGGACGGCACGGUUUGGAUGUGCGUUGACUCGUCAGGGGCAGAUAAAUUUAAAACAACAGACCUUCAAGACCGAUAUGAGGCCAAUUGACGAGGAGUGUGAUUGCUCUACCUGUAAAACGUACAGUCGGGCCUAUCUGCAUCAUAUUGUAACGGUGGAAGCGGUUGCAUGCAGCAUUAUCAGCAUUCACAACGUAGCAUUUCAGCUCAAACUGAUGCAGGACAUUCGGAACAGCAUUAAAUCGGACACAUUUCCUGAUUUCAUUCAGUUAUUUAUGAAACAACGCUUUCCCGAUGGAAAUAUACCUCAAUGGAUAAAGGAUGCCCUUGCAGCCGUCAACGUACCAGUCUAAAAAAAAAGACCUUCGGAUACUCACACAGAUAUCCACAAUUUUACGGGGAGAAAAAUACAAUAUGCAUAUUUUA